GGGUGGGCUCCGCAGCCGAGAUGUCUCAGGAGCGGCCCAAGUUUUACCGCCAGGAGCUCAACAAGACGGUGUGGGAGGUGCCCGAGCGCUACCAAAACCUCUCCCCGGUCGGGUCCGGGGCCUACGGCUCCGUCUGUUCUGCCUUUGACACAAAAACUGGGUUGCGAGUGGCUGUAAAGAAGCUGUCCCGGCCAUUUCAGUCUAUCAUCCAUGCCAAAAGGACCUACCGAGAGCUGCGGCUACUGAAGCAUAUGAAACACGAAAAUGUGAUUGGCUUGCUGGAUGUGUUCACCCCUGCCAAAUCGCUAGAAGAAUUCAAUGAUGUGUACUUGGUGACACACCUCAUGGGAGCAGAUCUAAACAACAUUGUGAAAUGCCAGAAACUCACAGAUGACCACGUGCAGUUCCUCAUAUACCAGAUUCUUCGGGGGCUGAAGUACAUCCAUUCAGCUGACAUAAUACACAGAGAUUUAAAACCUAGUAACUUAGCUGUAAAUGAAGACUGUGAGCUAAAGAUCCUGGAUUUUGGCUUGGCUCGACACACAGAUGAUGAGAUGACAGGGUACGUGGCUACCCGGUGGUACAGGGCUCCAGAGAUCAUGCUGAACUGGAUGCAUUACAACCAGACAGUUGAUAUUUGGUCAGUGGGAUGCAUUAUGGCUGAACUGUUGACUGGAAGAACGUUGUUCCCUGGUACAGACCAUAUUGAUCAGUUGAAGCUCAUUUUGAGACUCGUUGGAACCCCAGGGCCUGAGCUUUUGAAGAAAAUCUCCUCAGAGUCUGCGAGAAACUACAUUCAAUCUUUAUCUUACAUGCCGAAAAUGAACUUUGAAAAUGUGUUUAUUGGUGCCAAUCCAUUAGCUGUGGACUUGCUAGAGAAGAUGUUGGUACUGGAUACAGACAAACGAAUUACUGCAGCAGAAGCGUUGGCUCACGCCUACUUUGCUCAGUAUCACGACCCAGAUGACGAACCAGUGGCAGACCCCUACGACCAGUCCUUUGAAAGCAGAGAGCUUGAGAUUGAGGAAUGGAAAAGCCUGACUUAUGAUGAAGUAAUCAGCUUUGUGCCACCGCCACUUGACCAAGAGGAGAUGGAGUCCUGAGAAACUGCUCUCUUCUCUUUGUCCCACUUCACUGUGAGGGGAAGGCCUUUUUGUAGGGACUCUCCAACUAUCAUUCAAGUGCCUCGCCACAACAAUAUUCUCCUUGGUGGAAGGGUUUUGUGUGUGUUGAACUGGGGAGGGUGGGGGGAGGGAGGAAAGCUGAGUCUAUGUAAACAUGCUGCAUGCUCUGUUGUGUUCUGUGUACGGCCUGGAGCAAGUCCCUGAAGACCUGUUCUGACUGCUCUUUAGUCCUUCCACAGGAAGCUUCAGCCGGUUUGUGCUGCUGGGGUGAGGAGGGGAAGGUGACAAAGUUUGGUUACAGUUGUUGCCAUUUAUCAGUUGUUCUGCAACUAACCUCAAAACAAGGAAAGUUGGUUCAUAGCCUUAGAGAGCCCUCUGUUUUCGUUGGGAGUGAAUGUAGGGUUGAGGGAUGUCCUUCUUCCAUGCUACGGUGACUGAUUCACAUCCAGAUCUUCCUGGUACAGGAGAACGUACAGGUUUUCUGACAGAUGUCUGAUUCUUGGAACGUGAAAAGAUUUUGUAUGAAGCUGUAAAUAUGUUUGUGCCUUAAAUGAAUGGGGAAAGAGGGGGAAGGAAGUCUGGAGUGGAAGUGUCUGGCCCUGCUGUUUUUCAGGGUGAAGGCUCCCAGGCAGCCAGGCAUGAACUCUGUGUGUUCAGGAAACAACUUUCCGAGGCAACAGCCUCUCCUUGGAUUGGUAUUCCAUAUUUUUUUCCCCUCUUUCCCUCCUCUAGUUGUGCAGUUCGUCAGCAUUAGCUCCCAGGAGAUGGAGGCUGGAGAAGAUUCUUGCUAGCCAUGUUUGCGUAUCUUGUUCCUUAAAAGGUGGGGUGUUCUUGCAUGUCAUAGCUGUAUGCGCAUGUAGAGCAGCUUGGUGUUUGUUGUUACAUUGUGGGGGUGGCACUGGGGCAGUUAAAUCAUCAGUGAAAUGUUCACUGAGUACCUCAGCCAGUGCCACAGAAUCACAGCAUCCUUCCUCUUGUGCUGCAGCUCAGCAUGAAAUAUCUGCCAGUGUGGAGACUGUUGAGAAAAGGGUAAAACAUAAAGCAUAGAAAUGCACAUCGUCCUUUGUUCUGAUCUGGCUUGAGGAGAUGGAGGGCUUCUUGUGAAAUCAAGUGUAAAAAAUGUUCUUUGAAGAAACGACUGUGGCAUCUUGUGCCAGAAUUUAUUUCCUGAAUUUUUUUUUUCUAAAGAUGUUGGAAUCCAAAGUAAAGAAAUAAGCAUGCAUAAAAACACGAUCUCCCUGUCACUGUCUAUAUAGGUAUUUAUAUAAUAUAAAACUAACAUUUACUAGAGGAUCUUUUUUACCCUCAGAGAUAAGAGCUUCUUGGCUGCUUGUUAGCAGGUUGAGCUCUGCUUGAGGGAAUGGGAGAAGGGAGUAUGUUUGGAUACAAACGUGACAAAAAUACUGGUAUUUUCCAGGACUCUACAUGAACUUAAUGCCCAGUUAGCUACUGGCAGGAGGGGCUCUUUCUGUGCUUUUUUCUGUGCUACAACUAUGCUGUGGAUCUCAGGAGCCUGAUUGUAGGAUUUGGGGAGGAGACUUUUUAGACAUUUAUCUGUUGCAGGCGUCCUGUACACACGACAUAGCAGCUGUGUGAGUGAGGAGAAGGGCUUUUGCAGUAUUUUGCAUUCUUGUUACCUAUGGGGUGGAGAGGAACUGUUUGUAGUAUUUUUACCACGUGUCUGAAGAGGUGGCACAAAGGGAUGGGGCACAAAAGAUGAAGCCAUUGGUUCUUGCUAGGCUACUUUCCAGUGAUCUCUUCAGGUCAACGUUUUACAAAGUCUGGGGUGAGAUGAACAGGCACUUUGUGCUCUGUGAUAACGCUCUCUUCAGACCAACAAACUAGAGAUAAAACCUCCCUGCUGGACAAGCAGUCCAGAUAUUCAAAUGAAAAAAUGUAGAUAGACUCUGUAAACCUACAAGCAGGAUUAUUUUUAUCAGCCAUUUUACGUGUAGAUGCUACAGUGUGAUUCCAUGCGGAAAUACUGCUAAAGAUUUUUAAAAUAUAGAUGCUGUGUGUAUGUGUGCGUCCGUGUGUGCGAGUGGGAAGGUUUCAUUCACAGCCCUGCUCUGAGGGAGCCGCGUGGCGCUCCUGCGUGCAGUGCAGUGCUGCUGGGCCGCCUGCAGUCUGAACAGGAGGAUGCACUUCAAAGAAGAGAUCUGCUAUUUCGUUUCUAUCCAUGAGUUGUGUUGUAAUUGGUUAUGCUGGAUAAGAUGUCACAAUACCACUGGUUAAAAAUAAAACCUAUUUUUCAGA